AUGCGGCAUAGCUUGUUCAUCCGAAUCGUCAAGGCCUGCGAAGCUAAUUCAAAUUACUUCAAGCAACGUAGGAAUGCUGCCGGGGUGAUGGGUUUCAGCGCGUUCCAAAAAAUCUCGGCUGCCAUGAGGGUCAUUGCGUAUGGCAUCCCUGCGGAUUACACCGACGAGUAUCUUCGAAUUGGCGAAGAUACUACAUCGGAGUCGGUGCGCAGGUUUGCCCGCCUGAUUAUCAAGUUGUUUGGGCCAACCUAUCUCCGAGCUCCCAAUGAGGAUGACACCAAACGAUUGAUGGAGAUAAAUGAGAAAAGAGGUCGGCCGGGCAUGCUUGGUAGUCUUGAUUGGACACUCAAUGACAUCAACGUGUUGCAAAGGUCCCCUUUGUUUGCCAAAUUAGCAAAUGGGGAAGCACCCACUUACAACUACAAGGUCAUGAACAAUGAGUACACAAUGGGAUAUUACCUAGCUGAUGGCAUCUAUCCGGAUUGGGCAACUUUUGUUAAGUUUGUCAAGGAUCCCCAAGAUAGAACAGAAGCUAAAUUUGCCAAAGCUCAAGGAAGAAGCUCGCAAGGACAUUGA